CCGCCGAGUCCAAGGGUUGCGCUCGGCUCGGGAGAGGCCGCAGCUGGGCGGGCGAGAGACGAGCCAGCGUCUGCAGGCACGAAUUGAAGACGUCCUGAUCAGGGAUUCGGCAGCUCUCUUCCUGAGGGAGUCAUUCCUGCCUAUCGACAAUACCAGAGACACAAUGUCUUCCGGCAAUGACUGUCAGCCCCAACUCCUGACCAAACCCACCCUUGGGGAGAGGGAGGCAGCCGAACUGGUUGACAGGGUGUUUGGAUUGAAGGUGUCCUGGAUCGGGUCACUCCCCAGCUACGAUGACCAGAACUUCCACGUGCGUGUGUCAGCUGCAGGUGCUGAGGAGUAUGUCCUCAAAAUCACCAAUUCAGAAGACAGCCAGGAGCCUGACCUCAUUGAAGCGCAGACCCGGGCCAUGAUGUUUCUCAGUGCUGAGGGCUUCCCUUCAGCUACUCCUUACCUGACAAAGGAUGGUCACAUCAUGUCUCUGGAGUCGGGAGAUACUAGACCUGGGAGCAAGAAGUACAUGGUCAGACUGCUGUCUUACCUGCCAGGUACUCCAGUAGCAAAAAUCACUACCAAUGCUCAGAUUCUCUAUGAGAUUGGGAGGCUCGCUGCCAGCAUGGAUAAAGUGCUCUCAGAGAAAUUCCAGCAUCCAUCAGUAAAAAGUCUGCACCGAGGUCGGUUCAUUUGGAACCUGGCAAAUGUUCCUCUUCUGGAUCAGUACAUUUAUGCCUUGGGCCAGAACAAACACCGUGCAGUGGUGGAGCAAGUUAUUGAGCAGUUUAAAGGCAAAGUAAUACCCAAGCUAAGCAGCUUCCGAGCCUGUAUCAAUCAUGGAGACCUUAAUGACCACAACAUUCUAGUAGACUCCAGUUGUGCUUCCCUGGAGAAUCCCCAGUACAGAGUGUCAGGCAUCCUGGACUUCAGCGACAUGAGUUACGGGUAUUAUGUGUUUGAGGUCGCGAUAGCCAUCAUGUACAUGAUGAUUGAGAGCCCAGAGCCUCUGGGUGUUGGGGGACACGUUCUCGCAGGGUUUGAGAGCGUCCUGCCACUCACUGCCGAGGAGAGAGGUGCCCUCUUUCUCCUGGUCAGUGGGAGGUUUGCACAGUCCCUCGUCAUCGCCGCCCACACAGCUCUGCUCUACCCAGAGAACAAGGAGUACCUCACAAUCACGGCCAAAGCUGGCUGGAAACACUUGAUGACGAUGUUCGAGAUGGGCCAGGAAGCUGUGGAGAGGACGUGGUUUGAGACUGCCCAGGCGUACACACAGCACAGCCCUGUCCUGUCGGUGCAAGGCUGCUGAGGGGCCGGGGUGACACCGCACUGAAUAAAGCAACGAAGGCAGCGCUGCCUGGGCUGCAUGGAGCG